CACCCCACGGGCGCAAUUUAGAGUAAAGCAGCUUCUUUUUUCAGUUAAUCAUCAAAGAAUUAGGGUUUAGGGUUUAUGUAAUCGAAUGAAGAGAUGGGAAAAAUUAAGCCCUUGCCGGAGGCGGUUCGGAAUUCGGUGCGGUCAGGGAUUGUUGUGUGUGACUUGACUAGAGUUGUGGAAGAGCUGGUUUUUAACAGUCUUGAUGCUGGCGCGACCAAGGUGUCUGUUUCAGUAGGUGUCGAGACAUGUUCUGUCAAAGUAAUGGACAACGGAUCUGGUGUUGAUCGAGAUGGAUUAGUGCUUUUGGGAGAAAGACAUGCAACAUCAAAGCAUCAUCAAUUGGCUGAUUUGGACACCGCUAAUCAAAACUUCGGCUUUCGUGGAGAAGCACUGUGCUCUAUUUCUGAUGUUUCUUUGCUUGAAAUAAUUACCAAAGCUCAUGGGAGGCCGCAUGGAUAUCGGAAGGUUAUGAAGGGCUGCAAGUGUUUAUACCUUGGAAUCAGUGAUGAUAGACAUGAUGCGGGUACAGCAGUUGUUGUUCGUGAUUUGUUUUAUAACCAACCAGUUCGGAGGAAGCUCAUGCAAUCCAGCCCCAAGAAGAUCUUACAUUUGGUCAAGAAAUGUGUGCUACGAAUUGCACUGGUGCACCCCAGGGUUUCUUUCAGAGUUUCUGAUAUCGAGAGUGAGGAAGAACUGCUCAGUACAUCUUCUUCUCCUUCUCCUUUGCCACUAUUAUCCACUAAUUUUGGCAUUGAAGCUGCCUGUUCUCUAAAUGAAAUCAAAGCUGUUGAAAGAGAAUUCAAGCUUUUUGGAUACCUGUCUAGUCCAUUCGGAAUUUUGUCUCCAAAGGCUUUUCAGUAUAUCUACAUCAAUUCAAGGUUUAUCUGCAAGGGACCGAUACAUAAAUUGCUGAAUCAUUUGGCUGCUGGCUAUUGGGAUGAUCAGAAAUUUAACAUUGGGGCUAAAAAUGAGAAGCAAAGUAGAUCUCAGACAUGUCCAACAUUCAUUUUGAACCUCUCUUGCCCAAGAUCUUACUAUGACAUGACUUUUGAACCACUAAAGAACUCUGUUGAAUUUACAGAAUGGGGUCCUGUACUUGUAUUCAUUCAGAAUACAAUCACCCAUUAUUGGAGUGAAAACAUCUCUAAUGAUCUGCUGCUAAAAGAUCAAAGUGGAAGAAAGAGGUGCAGGACCAAAGAUUGGCUGGCUUCACCUGAAGUUCACUGUUUACAGUCACAGAAACUAAUGAGAAAAUGUAAGAAUUUGCCUGCCUGGCAAGAGGGUUUAUCAUCAUGUCAAAAGUUUGAUGGAGAUGCUUCUGAAUUACAAAAGCACAAAACAGAUGCCUUAUUUGAGGACUGUGACAUUCAGUCAUUUAAUGCUUCUCCGUUUCAUUGCGGAGUGACAACCAAUACAAAGAUUCGCAAUCACAUGCAGUCAUCUGCUGAUUACUUUUCUGAUGGAGAUGAUAUUUUGGUGAAAGAGGAGUUUGCUAAAGGGACCGGCAAAAAGAAAUUAAACUACUUUUUUGAUUCACAAUGGCAAGAUGAAUCCUUUGAAAUGGAUGACGAGAUGAACAUGUCAAUAAAGAGUCCCUUUUAUACUCAUUCUGAAGAAUACGGUGAUGAUGCAGUUGUCAACCAGCUGUUCAGAAGACCAUCCCAGCUCAACUGCUUGGCAGGAAGAGGCCUGCAAGAUGUGGGCUCAUCCCAUCUGAGCAAAGUGGAAACUGGGUUUGGAAGUUAUGACUUUAGAACUCAGCAUAAGUGGAUCAACUUUGAUGAGGGGUCUGAUGGUGGAGAAGAAUAUGACACUGACCAGAUCUUCAAAGAAAGUUUGUCAAGGAAAGAAAGAGUAAAAUCUUUGUGGUCCCUUUCCAGGUGCACCAAUCAACCUGAUAAAAUAACCAAUACUAACAGUUCAUCGCAAGAUUUGAGGUCAUCCAUGAUUGCUGGAGAGUGUUCAGGUGAAGAGAACAACCUUCCGUCUGGUUCACUUAAACACAUUAAACAAUCUGAUGGAGAUAAGCUGUCAUCUACAUCUGAAUGGUCUCCACGGGUGCUACCAUCCUUGUUUGGUACUGAGAUUCCAGAUGUUGAUCAUCUCAUUGGUCAAGAUGUAUGUUGUGACUAUAGUAAGGGUACUACAUCUGACUAUAUUCCAGAUCAAGAAGGGGAUUACGGCCACUUUAACCUUGAUCCUUCUGUAAAUAGUUGGGAACUAGAGAACUGCACAGACUUAUCCUCGUUCAAGUUUUAUUCUGAUCAUCUGGGAGAUGUUAGUGAAGCUAGAGGACGUAAGCACAAUGAUUUUACCUUUGCAAAUUGUUCCAGUGUCUUUCCUGAUGAAAUGGAUUGGUUGCUUAUGCAGUCUUGUGGCAAAAACAGUCUUCCAAAAGUUUCAAAUCCAUUAGAUCAGACUUCAUUACCUGCUCAGUUUGACAGGAAUAAAUUUGGAAGGAUCCAUAUAUCAAAUGGAAAAAGUAUAGGUCAUAACAAAGGAGCAAGAAGAAGCCAUUCAGCUCCACCAUUUUACAGGCCUCAGAGGAAGUUUAUUGCUCUUAAUUACUCAUGGAAAAUGGAAGGUGGAAGAACUGAUUCUCCUGCAGUGAAUAGUGACUCUGCUCUUCCAGAGACUAGCAACUCACUACAUCAGCAACAAUCAUUAGGUCAGUGUCAUUCUCCUUUAAAGUCAAGCUAUGCAAAUAAUUGCUCAUCUGUUUGCAGAUUGAAUGGCAAAGAUUUCCAAAAGAAAAGUCAAUGCAUCAACUGCUGCAAUUUUAAGCUCGUUGAAGAUUCCACAUCAAAGGAAACUCGAGAUGAUCUAGAUUCUGGCCUGAAGUGGCGUAAGAGUUCCCCACAAGCUGUGGAUGUAAUGAAGUCACGAGUAGCUCGAGAUCAUGACAGCAUACUUGACGUGUCGUCUGGCUUCCUGCACCUUGCUGGGGAUUCAUUGAUUCCUAGUUUUAUUGACAAGAACUGCCUCAAGGAUGCCAAAGUUCUUCCACAGGUUGAUAAGAAAUUCAUUCCAGUUGUGGCUGGCAGAAUACUUGCCAUCAUAGAUCAGCAUGCUGCAGAUGAAAGGAUCCGAUUAGAAGAACUGCGUCAGAAGGUUCUAGCUGGAGAAAUGAAACAAGUUGCCUAUCUAGAAGCUGAGCAAGAAUUGGUCCUGCCUGAAAUUGGUUAUCAGUUACUGCACAAUUAUGUCAGUCUAAUAGAAAAUUGGGGUUGGAUCUGCAACAUCAGUGGCCGAGGCGCAAGCUCCUUUGGAAAGAACUUGAAUGUGCUAUGCAGGCAGCCAACUGUUGCUAAACUCGUUGCGGUGCCAUGUAUUUUGGGGGUUAAGUUAACAGAUAUUGAUCUGUUAGAAUUUCUUCAACAGCUUGCUGAUACAGACGGAUCAUCCACAAUACCACCUUCAGUUCAUCGAGUCCUUAACAGCAAGGCAUGCAGAGGUGCAAUUAUGUUUGGUGACACAUUACUUCCUUCAGAAUGUUCACUCAUUGUUGAAGAGCUGAAGCAGGCUUCAUUGUGUUUUCAAUGUGCUCAUGGGCGACCAACAACAGUUCCCCUUGUCAACUUGGACAUCUUGCAUAAGCAAAUUGAUAAACUUGGACUACGCAGCAGUGGUACAGGUGAGUUGUGGCAAGGUUUGUGCAGGCACGAAAUCAGCCUAGAGCGUGCUGCAAGUCGGUUAACCUCAGCCAUGGAGUAGUUUCAAGAUGGCUGGAACUGGUUCCCCAUAUGGUUUUUGAACUGCAGCUUCGGGGAUUAAGUUGAUAUGUUAUCUACCUCUGUUCUGGUCUAUCAGAAUUUAUGUCAGAGAAUUGAGACUGCUCCCGCAGUCGACAUCCCUCUGCUAGCUAAAUCUGGGAUAUGAUAGCAAUAGAUGUUUGCUGUUAUUUGCUGUAAGUCGACAUAAAUAGUCUAGAAAGUGAUAGAGAUGCUGCAUAUGAAAAUUCCAGCCAACUUCCAGACUCAGUACAAAUAUUGUACAUGUUGUACAUCAAUACCUUCAAAAUGUAAAAUGAUACCAUUCUUUGAA